UACAGUGUCUAAUUAAGAUAUAAAACUUAUUCAGAAUAACAGGAAGGGGAUGGCUGGAAGCUCUGAAACCAAUGAAACUACACAAGUGUUAAGUCAGUACAAGAAUGCAGACAUUACCAAAAGAGAUAUCAUGAACGCUCUUAGUCAAUAUAAAGACCUGAGGCCUGAACUAGAGAAAUAUUAUUUUGAAGACGGUACAACAAAGAAUCUAUUGAAUUUAAACGGCACUAUUCCAGUAAAAUACGAGGGAGAUGAGUACAACAUUCCAAUAAUCGUGUGGUUACUGGACACACAUCCCUAUAACUCGCCGAUGGUUUACGUAAAACCAACCAGAAACAUGUACAUAAAAGCCAACAGAAAUGUGCACUCAGACGGGAAUGUUGACAUACCCUAUCUUAGGGUCUGGAGAUACCCACAUUCGGACCUUCUUGGUUUGAUAAAGGUCCUGGUCAAAGUGUUCGGGGAAGAGCCACCGCUUUAUUCCAGCUCUUCAGCAUCACAACAGACACAUCAAGUCCAGAGUGAACAUUUGUCGUCUGCUUCUGAAGAAAGGUCAAACAUUGUCUCCCCUCCUGUUACAGCUUCGGGCACGACGACCACCCCUGGACUUGAAGAUAAUGAAAAGCGUUUGAUGCGAUUCCUAAAGCUCGUAAGACUUUCCCGACAUGCCCUUCAAAUAUUUUUCGAUGACGUCUUCCCUGGACAUGAACUGCAAAACAUGCUGGCUGACAAAAAAUACCUCAUUGCGCAUGGAGAAAAAAGAGUAGAAAAAGACCAGAUACCUGUUCUUUAUCCAGAAGGAGGAAAGCCUGCCAAUUCUUGUGAAUUCGGAAUAUCAACAAUGUACAACUUGUUGAGAAAUUAUGCAGAAAAUAUAAACCCUCCAAGCAAUGGAUGGGGCAACAAGCCAAACAAUGGCCACAAACAAAAUGGGGACGAUGUUGAGAGAAUCAGAAUUCACAGAAAUUAUCUGAGUCAGAUAAUAGAGUUUGAACAUGAGAUGGAUGAUUUCAACUUAAAGUGGGAGGAUCUUAAACAGGCCAUUAUAAGAUUGAGCAAAGGCACCCUUAGAGGGGAAGUAGCAGCAUUGUCAGCUUAAACUCCAUUAUAAGAACACGAAUUGGCAAAUACUGACAGAGACAAGUGACCCAAGUUCAUAAAUUCAACUGAAUAUGAGAACUCUCACAUCUGUAGAUUCAUAAUUGUGUAUUAUUCAAUACAUGAAUUCAAGA